AUGGGUGGAGGUGACGGGGGUGGUGGCGGAGGCCGUCGAUGGUGGUUGGUAGCGGCAGUGGUUGGUGGCGUUGGCGACGACGGUGGCGUUGGCGAUGAUGGUGGUUGGCGACGACAGUGGUUGGCGGCGAGCGGCGUUGGCGACGACGGUGAUUGUUGGCGGCGACGGUGGUUGGUGGUGGUGGCGAUGGUUGGUGACGGCGGUGGCGGUUGUUGGUGGCGGUGGUUGGUGGCGGCGGCGGUUGGUGGCGGCGGUGGCGGGUGGGUGGUGGCGGGUGGGUGGUGGCGGCUAUAG